UAGCUAGGCCCCCGAUUUCGGUCCUUUCCAGACACACACACCCCUUUCCGAUCUCGCUCUAGCUCAGCGGAGAAUGAAAAAGAGACGCCUGCCCGGGCAGGCGCACAGCACCGCGCGUGGGCACCUUGCAAGCGGGGCGCGCGCGUAGUUCGCAGGCUCCCCUGUCGGUGGCGCGGGGCGCCGAGGGUUAAUCCGGAUCGCCCGACGCGGCGUCGCGUCACUUGCAUAAUAGGCGAGUUUAAUUAGGUAGCCUGGAAUGUGCCCGGUUAGCAAAUGCGCAGAUUAAACGCUGAUUGUCUUGGCUAGGCGCGCGCGCACGCAAGCACACGGUUAACAAAUAACAUCAAUAAAUCAGACGAAGCGAGCUCCAUUGUGACGUCCGGAGCAUAACAGGCAAAGCGGCGUGUGUUUUAAUUGGUGUGCUAAUUCAGCCUUCUUGGCUUCACGUCGCUUUCAACAGCUGGGGGGAAAGUAGCAAGCAAACCCAUCUGUUCCCCCCUGGGUAGUAACAGUUCCUGUCUUGCUUCCUACCAACCUACCAGAAAGAAAGGAAUAUUGUUUUUUAUUUGUUGGGAAAAGGAGCAAUAAAAUCAUACGGAUAGAGAAAGGAUUACAGUAUUGUUGUUUAGUCGUUUAGUUGUGUCCGACUCUUCGUGACCCCAUGGACCAUAGCACGCCAGGCACUCCUGUCUUCCACUGCCUCCCGCAGUUUGGUCAAACUGAUGUUUGUAGCUUCAAGAAUACUGUCCAGCCAUCUCGUCCUCUGUCGUCCCCUUCUCCUUGUGCCCUCCAUCUUUCCCAACAUCAGGGUCUUUUCCAGGGAGUCUUCUCUUCUCAUGUGGUGGCCAAAGUAUUGUAGCCUCAGCUUCAGGAUCUGUCCUUCCAGUGAGCACUCGGGGCUGACAGUAUAGACAUGAUUAUAGUCAAAUGGAGCUUCCGAGUAUACAUAUAGUCUACUUUAUACCAGGCAAGGCUGUGAGAUUCUCAGAAUGUCUAGCCAGCUCGUGGUGGUAGAUGAUAGGGAACCUGUGGUCUUUCAGAUGAUGUGGACAGGCCGAUGGUCAGGGAGCUGAAGUCCAGCCAAAUCUGGAGAGCCACGGGUUUACCUUCACUCUGCUAGAUGGACCUCUGGUGUUCUGAUGUCACGUAACAGCCAUUGGUACACAAGCAGACAGAGCUGUGGAACAGACGACCUCAGAAGGUGGUGGACUAAUUCAUCGGAGGUUUUAAAACAGAGGUUGAAUGGCAAUCCAUCAGGGAUUCUUGAUUCCCGCAUUGCAAGGGAUUGGACUAAAUUACGCUUUGCAUCCUUUCAAACUCUACAGCUCUAUGAUUCUAUGAAGUCUAGACACGCUCGAUUUCUAAUCUGUAUUGGCUGAGCUGCUGUGAUAUUCUGAACUAUCUAUAACCAUUCCAACUGCUCAAGGAGAGUUUGUAGUCCAGUUACAGGUAGCUAGCCAUGUUGGUCUGCCGUAGUCGAAACAAAAAAAAUAAAUCCUUCCAGUAGCACCUUAGAGACCAACUAAGUUUGUCAUUGGUAUGAGCUUUCGUGUGCAUACACACUUUUAGUUGGUCUCUAAGGUGCUACUGGAAGGAAUUGUUUUAUUUUGUUUCAUAGUCCAGUUACUGUGAGGAAGGAUGCUUGUCAGUUUGCCUGGGAUUAAACCCUCAUAUGGACUUGAUGGCAGGGAAUGCUGCUUGGGAGGAAGUAUGUUUCGAACUGUACCCUUAAAGUCCAGCUUAUUCUAUAAGAAUGGUAGCCUGCACCUGGGAAGGGAGGUUUUGUUCUGGCCCGCAGAGGAAACGAAACAGCUUAUAUUCUUAAGAAGUGUGCAUGCACACGAAAGCUCAUACCAAAAUAAAAACUUAGUCGGUCUUUAAGGUGCUACUGAAGGAAUUUUUUAAGUUUAUGAUUGUAACUCAAGGGCUGUAGGUCAGUGGGAACAUUUGAUCUGCAUACAGAAGCUGCUAGCUUCUCCAGGUAAGGCUUGGGAUCUUCCCUGUCUGAAACCGUGGACAACCACUGCCAGUCAGUGUAGACAAUACUGCACUAGAUGGACCAAUGGCAUGGGAUGAGGCAGCUCCCUGUGUUUCCUAGCAAGCUGAGCUUCAACACCUUAUAGAGUGCUGUCUCUUUUACUGUAAAUACUUUGUACAUUCUCUCUUACUCCUUGUAAAUUUAAAAUUAAACUAAAGUGUAUCGGACACCUUCUGGAAGUGUGAAGCCAAGAUAUGAUCACCUAAAAUCCCACACCUUCCUUCUUAACCCUCACUCUUCCUACAAUUACUAAAUCAACUGUGUACACACUGUAUCUUUAAAGCACAUUAUUUCCCUGAAAGACCUCUGGGCCCUGUAAUUUUCCCUUCACAGAGUAACAAUUCCCAGCAAGCCUUAACAGGCCACAAUUCCCAGGAUUCUAUUGGGGAAGUCAUGUGCUUUUAAUGUAUGACAUAGGCACAGCCUGACUCAUUCAAAUAUAAGGUGCCCUUAGAUGGACAGAGCAGGUGGAAGAUGGAUCCUGAUAUCUCUCUCCUAUUCCAGUGCCCAUCUCCCAAGGGCAUCACAGAGGCUCAGGUCCGAGCUGAGCUCUCCCCACUGUACGACCGGCAUCCACUCCCUGGUGACAGGGCCCAGAUCGAGAAAGCUUGGGUAGCACGGCGCCAGCAGAGCCCGUGGCUCUUUGAUGGAGCCAAAUUCCGUCUCCACUCGAUCCAGCUGGAGGGGGACAUCUUGACCUUCUACCUAGGUCUCACCUGCUACAAGGACUUUGUGGGCACCAACCUGGCGGACGCAGCUGGGCAGCUCCAGGAACGUGGGCGUGAGGACGUGGGGAACAGCCAGGCCUACCUUGCUGAGCCCCUGGGGGUGGGCGCCAUGCUGCACACAGCGGAUGACAAGUUUGUCUUUUUGCGGCGGAGUCAGUGCGUAGGGGAGGCACCUGGGAAGAUCGACAUUCCUGGAGGCCACCCUGAACCACAGGUUGUCAUGGGAGAUGCUGCCUUGGAGGGGCCCGUCCGUCAUCAGGACCUCCCAGGAGAAUCCGUGGUCAAGGAGUUGUUCUGCUCUGUGCUGCGAGAGAUCCAGGAUGAGGUGAACCUUCCACUGCCCACCCUCAGCAGCCCAAAGUUACUCGGAAUAGCCCGGAACGAGACCAGUGCAGGCCGCUGCAGUGCUGAAUUCUACACCAGGUGCAGUCUCAGCUCUGAGCAGGUGAGGCACCAUUAUGCUAUCGGGGGUCCUGAGGCCCAAGAGUCAACCAGCAUCAUCUUUGUUGACAGAGAGGAUGUCCUGACAAUGGAGCAGAGCGGGGACUUUUGGAAGGAACUGUGCCCAUCAGCCAAAGGGGCCAUAGAGCUCUACAGAGGGGUCAUGGGCACAUGCCAAUGAAGGGCCCAUUGGGAAGAGGUACUUUGAGGAAGUGAACCACUCUCUCAGGGACUAUUCAGAAUUACUUUACAGAGCACCCAGCUACCCCAAAAUCACCAGCAGUCCUUUGGCAAAGCAGGAAUAUUAUGCCAUGGAUAUGGAUAGUGGGAUUAUUCUCACCUCCCAACCCCCCCUUGAAACUGCACUGGCUGAGACCCACCUUAGCGCCUUGUGACCCUGUUGCUGUGCCUGUUUGUGCAACCUGUUUCUCAAUAAAGAAGUAGUAUUAUUUUUUAACGAUUAGUUAUCUCACCCAUGGUGUGAUUUCAGGUUUUUUUAGCAUGCACUGGGCCUUUCUCUGCACCUCCAAUAUCCUCUUCUCAUCUCUGUUACUAAGAGGAUCCUCUUCCCCCUGUAUCAUAAUUCCCAAUAUAUCUAGGUCUGGUGCACCCUGUUUGUACAAAUUAUUUGCCAAGAGAAGUGAAUUCUGCAAGCAAUGUUGCAGGGUGGAGUGCUCAGUCUUCCAGCCAGACAGCCGUGCCCUUUCCCAGGAUACUCCAUUCCACUGUUGGACGCAGCAAAUUCCUCUAAGUACCAGAAACCAUUGGAAAGGAGAAUUGUUGUUGUGUUUGGUUCCAGCUUGCUGUCUUUCCAGACUGGCCACUGUGAGAAUAGUAUGCUAGACUAGAUGGGCCACUGGCCUGAUCCAGCGGAGCUUCAUCUGGAGCGUCUUUAAGAGGAGAAAAAAUAAGUUAAAAUUAGGAGUCACUGUAAAAUGUCCAUCAACCUUAAAAACAAAAAAACAAAAAACAAGAAACCAGAACUGCAGUAAAACUCACCAU